AUGCAUGUGUUAUUGAUUAUUUUAUUAACAAUCAUUACAAAUGCAUAUUAUUAUUGUGACUAUGAACGCAAUGGUACUUUUUAUCCAGGUAAUUCAAUUUGUUCAACAAUAAACAAUGAAAAAGUGAAUUACGAUUACAAUUCAAACUCUCCGAGUAUCAGAAUCGAAAAUUAUACAAACACUUUAACUUUUAAAAAUGUUCAGUCUGAUAUAUACAUUGGAAUAUAUACAGAAACAGGUGUCGACACUAUUAAUAUUUACAAAACUCAAACAUUUAAUAAGUCAUAUUUUUUAUAUACAAACAAAAUGACUGAAAACAUGAAAAUAAAGUUGUAUGGAAAUCAAAUGAAAAACGCAACAUUAGUCGAUAAAAUAAUAUUUUCAAGUAAAAAUAUGGAUUACUAUCCAAAAGUGUUUUAUAGUGGUGAUAAUUUCGAGAAAUAUUUAUUUAUUGAUCUUAAUUCUGGAUAUAACAUUUUUACUAUUAAAAGUGAUAAAAUAACAGUUAUCCCAGACUUAGGAGUUGCUGCCACAUACAGUGGCAUGUAUUAUAUGGGGACUUACAAUGACACCAACAGAGUCUUUAAAAACUUUUUAAUUGGUCAGAUAUGUGCAUUUAUCGAAAUUGGAAAUUCACUUUAUCGAUACUUUUGUUACUCUUCAAACUUCGCUGAUUUGUACAAUCAAAUGACUUCACUAACAAUUGCAAAAACAGAAACAAAUGAUUAUGAUACUGGAAUCACUGAAAUGACUUUCAAUUUGAAAGACGUUGAUAUUUCAGGACCAGUAAUUCUACGAAUCAACAUGAAUGCGACAUUUAAUAUUGAUGAAUUAAUAAUAAAUUCAAAUUGUUUAGCAACAAAUAAAGCGACUUGGGUUGUAUUAGCAAAAACAACAUUAAAUGUCAAAUUGGUUGAAAUGAAAAACACUCGAUUUGUCGUGUCUGGAAUACAUUUUUCUAAGUUUGAAGAAAUACGUAACACCAAUGAUAUAUACAACAAUCCAGCUUACGUUUUCAACAUUUCAAUGCUCGAAAAUAGAGGACUAACAUUUCCCAUCACAAAAUUUACACAUAAGGGCAGUGUUGUAAUUCUUGGAACAGGAGUGACAACUGUGAGAUCGCUAAACCCUGUCAAUGUGACUUUUAUGAAUAUUUCUAAAGUCUUUUUUGAAAAUAAUGGAGUUACAAUUAACAGUGAUAUUAAUGUCAUUAUGAAUGACUGGAAAUUUGUAUAUUUAACAAACACUACUACAGUACAAAAUUUUGUAGCGGAUGUGUCACAAACUACGAUAACUGUAUUAGAUGGUUACAUUUUAAUAAUAAAUAAUCUUCAAUAUUCAUUUCCUGUAAAAAUAAGUGGGAAUGUUCAAAUUAAUAAUGUUGUAAUAAAUAGAAAUGCUGCACUUGUGUUGUACAAUGGAGCUUUUAUUCAAAAUUUGACUUGCAGUUCCAUAGACAAGAACAAUGUGUUAUAUGAUGGUGUUUUAACUCCAACUCAAACAAAUUUGAAACAAGUUUGUCAAUAUCUAUAUGACAAGAAGAGCACAUACAGAAUUGUAGAUAAAGACUCGAGUUUAGACUGUGAGUGCCACUUUUCAAAUGGAUCGUAUUCAGGUGGCUUCGUUGAAAAUGAUUGUUCUCUUCUUGAAACGGAGUUUCUAUUAGACUUGUCUUUAAACCCAUUUUCUGUUGUGGAUUUUGGCAUAACAACAUACAAAAAUUUUAAUUAUUUACUUGUGGAGAGAGACACUAAAAUUAUUGGUCGUGCAGUUAGUGUUAAUUCUUUUUCAGUUAAUGCAAUCAAAAAUUUAAAAGAGAAUAUUAGUCUGGUAUUAGAUACAAAUGUGUAUUUGGGAAAUGUUAUUAUUAAUGGUAACUUCACUAUACAUUCAUACAAACAGUUGACUUUAAAAUUGCGAAACACUUUUAUUAUCAAUGAAGAGAGAACAAACAACCCAUAUAUCAUCGUAUGGCAAAACACCUUCCCGACAUACCCCAAAUUCUAUAAUUAUAAUUAUGAAGAAAACGUGAGUGGCGAUUUCUGCUUCGAUUUUGUUUCAUCUUCACAUGAAAUAUUGGAUAUGCAAAACAUAUUGAAUUUUAAGAAUAAUAAAUAUUUCUUUUUGGCUGAUAACAAACUGAUGAGAUGGUGUCCGUCUGCUGAAAAGAAUAUCACUAUAGUGAAGUGUUACUUAAAUUCGACUAUUUAUCAUAAUGAAUACGACAUUGAUGACAUCGUAUUUACCUUACCACAUUGCCCAUGUAAAGAUUGUCAAUUGUUCUUCCAAGAAAAUGUGAGUAAUUGUAAAAAUAAUGACAUAAUUGGAAUUUUACAAAUCGAAAAAGAAAAAACGUUAAACAACCCUGGUGUUAUUUCAAAAGUAAAUUUUAUUAAUGGAUAUUUAGUUGUAUAUGGGGGGACCAAUUCAAUCAUUGAAAGUUUUGAAGGAAAAGUAAAUCUGAAAACACGCAACAAAGUCACAUUGAAGUUCGGUGAAAUUGACUCUUUAGAUACACUCAGUGGAAUGUUGACAAUUAAUAGUACAAACGUUACUAUUAAUGCAUUGAGCACGAACAAUAUGUCAAGUAUAAUAGCUUCAAAUGAAACUACUGUUUUCAAUUUAAAAAAUUUAAUGAGUAAAUUGAUGAAUUUGAAACUUAAAACACUGAACAAAAUUGAUAUUCAAAUAGAUUAUUGCAAAAAUGAAAAUUGUGAAAUUAAUUUGAGUUCUGAUAGUAUAAAAGAAAUCCACAUUGAAAAUACAAAUACUAAUAAUAUAAAGUACAACCUCACUGAUGUACAGAGUGUUGAAAAAGUGAGUGUAAACACUACAUCCAAAAUAAAUUUAAAAUUUGUAAAAAAUACAGAAUUAAGUUUAGAGAAUAGUGGAAUUGUUAUGUUAUCUGCAACAAAUAAACCAAAUUUACACUUGAAUUACUUAAAUAAUCAAAUGUUAAUUGUAGACUCUGAAUUGAGUCUUGACAUUCAAAUUACAAACACUUUAAGUAUUUUUUGUCAAAAUAACAAAGGAAUUACCGUUUCAUCGAGUGGAACUAAUGCAAUUACUCUUUCGAUAUCUCAAAAUUCAUGCAACACAGGUUUUGUAUCUGAUGUGAAAUUUACAUGUACUUCAUGUAACAUUGGGUAUAGACUUUAUAAAGGUGUUUGCACAAGCAUAAGAUCAAUACCAAAUUGCGCAAAUUAUGAUGAGAAUGGGUGUGAAAAGUGUGAGAGUGGAUUUUAUACAAAAGACGGAGUGAUGUGCAUUGCAUGUACUAACAGUUGUAAUCGUUGCUCAAAUACCACAUGUUUUCAAUGCCAAAAACAAUAUAUUAUUACUGAACAAACCACGUGUAAAAGAAUUGAACAAACUAAAGGAAUAUACGAGUUUGAUAAGUUUAUUCAAUGUGCUGAAUCGAAUUAUAUAAAAGAAAGCGAAUGUUUAAGUUGUGAAAUAGAACAUUGUACUUCUUGUUUAGAAGAUUUGAACACCAAUGAAAUAAAGUGCCUUAUAUGUGAACACAACUUUGUAUUAAAUGGCAACACAUGCGAACAAAAAGAACAAGCUUUAACUUCUUCAAAUUCGUUUGUCACUUCAUGCAACAGUGGAUAUUAUUUGGACAAUGAAACCAAUGAAUGUCUACAGUGUAGUAACGAUUCAUCUUGUUCUAUUUGUGACCAAAAUGAAUGUAUACAAUGUGCCAAUGGGUUUGUAAAAAUGUUUGAAAAGUGUAUAAAAGUCGACCAUUGUAUUUCAAUACUGAAUGGAUUUUGUCACAUAUGUGAAGGUGGUUUUAUUACAAAUAAAACCACGUGUUUUCAAAAAGUAGAGAAUUGUGUAAAUUAUAAUUUGGAACAAUGCGUUGAAUGUGAAAAUCCAUACAUUUUAUCAAACAACACAUGCAACAAUUAUACUGAAGAAUUAAUGGAAUCAAUGAAUUGUGAAGUGAGUUGGGAUUUUGGCUGUUUGAGGUGUUCGGAAUCGUUUUAUUCAUCGAAAUAUAAAUGCGAGAUGUGUUCAGAUACUUGUGGUGAAUGUCUAUCUUCUUCUGAAUAUUGUAUUUCAUGUAAUCAAACAACGUUUCUUGUGAACAACAAAUGUGCAUCAAAUGAUGAAUUGAAAGAAAAAUGUCAACAACUAUCCAUAGUCGGCGGAUGUGCAAAUUGCAAUGAUGGAUAUUAUCGAGUCAGUUUUUCUUGUGAGAAGUGUCUUCCAGAGUGUGAAACAUGUUUGACAAAUACAACAUGUUUAACGUGUAAUUCAGAACAUUUUAAGACUUAUUCAGGUGUUUGCAAAUUAAAGAAUGAGACACUUGGAUGCUCUGGAAAUAUUGAUAGUGAGUAUGGGUGUUCUUCUUGUGAAGAUUGGUAUUAUCUAGAAAACAAAGAGUGUCACAAAUGUUCAGACAAUUGUGAAAAAUGCAAACAAUUUGGGACGUGUGAAUAUUGCACCGACAAAUAUGUUUUAGACAAAACACAAAAAUGUGUCUUGUUUUCAGAAAUCACCAACUGUGUUGAAUCUCGUUCUUCAAAAUGCACCAAAUGCACUUUUUGGCACAUACCAAGCGAAAAUGGUUCUUCAUGUGAAACACAAGCGGUGUGGUGGUUCAUUGUUUUGGUUCUUCUGUUUGUAUUCUUUGUAGUUUUUGUUGUGAUCGUUGCACUCUAUUUUACAGUGAAAAAGAUGAUAGCCCACAAAUUGAAGAAAGAGCAAGAGAAAACAGUUUGUGUAUUUAAGAUGUCACGCAGUAACAUUCGUUUCAUUAUGAAACUUUCAUCAUCUCUUUGUUCAAACAAAAGAAAAUUAAUAUUCCCAGACAAUGAAAAUCAAGAGAUUUGUGUUUGUCAAGAAUCCAAAGAACUUCUUUGUAUUGGCAAUUUGACAAAAGGACGAGUUAAAGUGCAACUCAGUGCGAAAACUGGAUGUGAGAAAUACACCAUACGUACUAACCCCGAGUUAAUCAUUUUAGAAAAGGGAGAAGCUUGCGAAUUUGAAGUUUAUGUGACGCCACUGUGUUCUUUCACAACAGAAGAAAAGAUAGUCAUAUCAUACAGUAAAUCUAAAAGUCACAAACACUCACAAGUCACUUUCCCAUUAUCUGUCACAACAAUUCUUUCGACACGUCUUGACCCCGAUGAGCUUUUAGAAACUGAAAAAAUAGGUGAAGGUUCAUUUGGUGUUGUGUAUAAAGGCACAUUCAGAGGAAAUUGUGUUGCUAUCAAGAAAAUCAAAGAUGUGAGUGGUGAUGAAAAAAUAAAAAGUGAGUUUGAAGCCGAAGUUGACAUGUUGGACAAGUUCAGAAGUGGUUACAUCAUUUAUUUCUAUGGUGCCGUCUUGUUCAAAAACCGCUUUGCACUUGUCACAGAGUUUGCUGAUUUUGGGUCGUUGAAUGAUUUGAUGCAACGCAAGAAGUCAAGUGAAGUAGACAUUAAGGUACGAAUUAAAUUGAUGUUGGAUGGUGCUAAAGGAAUUUAUUAUUUACACGAAAAUGGGAUACUACAUAGAGACAUCAAACCAGACAACGAGUUGGUCUUUUCUUUGGAUUUGAAUGAAAGGGUGAAUGGGAAGUUGGCCGACUUUGGGAGUGCAAGAAAUGUGAAUAUGAUGAUGACUAAUAUGACUUUCACAAAGGGUAUUGGAACACCUAUAUAUAUGGCUCCUGAAGUGUUAAACAAAGAAAAAUACAAAAAAGAGGCGGACGUCUUCUCAUUUGGGAUGACAAUGUAUCAGACUUUUAAAUGGAAUAAAAUAUAUGACAAGACAACGUUUCCAUGGAUUAUUGCAGAUAAAAUAUGUAAAGGUGAAAGACCAUCGCUAGACUGUAUCGACGAACGUGUGAGAAAUUUGGUUGUCUGUGCAUGGGAACACGAAAAAAGCAAGCGCGAGUCCAUCCAAGUUAUUGUUCAAAGAAUUGAAAUGAUACUCAACAACUUGUAA